AGGAUCCCUGUGUGACUGAUUUAACCCACCAUCCAGCUAAAGUAGGUGAAGAUGGACCCAAGGGAAAAGGUUUCACACAAGCUGGUGCUUUGCAUGCAGCUGUUUGCUGUUAAAGGAUGUGAAGUCAUCUUGCCUUCAAAACAAGGCUAUGCAGUUGGCUGAUCUGAUGCAGUGUGCACCGAUCAGAUCGCUUGACAUAUCUCCUCUGCAGCUAAUAUAUUCAUACUUGGUUCAUGUAGGUAAUAUGCUGUAGAGCCAGGAUGUUAAAUUCAAAAUUGGAGUUCCUUAGAGAAGAGGGUAGUUUCUCUUCCCCAGCAGGGAAAUGUUCCCCGGUGAAAGUUCUGAUCUCCUACACCAUGGCUGUUUUUGAAACUGUUCUGCCGGAGCUGCUUAAGUAGAGGGCUGCUUAAGAAGGGGUUCUGAGCCUAAACCAGAAUGGGUUCUGAGAGGCUUUGUGUGAAAAGGUGCCAUCUUGUGGUGGAUGCUGCCUCCUGCAGUGGCUGAUUUCUCUGAUCCAGGUAUGUGGGACAGGGGUCAGGCUUGCUCGUGUACAGUGUGAAACCUGUUGCAUAAUUCAGACAGCCAACGAUCUCAUUUUAACUGCAGUAGCAGCAGCUGAGCAGUUGCACUUUGAGUUAGAAAGGUGCUGACAAGUCAGGAUGCUCGCAUCUCAUUAAAUUACCCAUCAGGAGUGUCAAGCAUUAAAGUUUACAUUCCACUUUGGGCUCUGAAUUAUUAACCCCUUAUUUAUCCAGUUUAAACCAGUGGCGUUACCUGCAAAUAUAAAGUAAUCUAUAAUAAACAUAGUAGGGGAAAAACGGGAACAGCAGUGAGCAUUUACCCUAAAAACAACUUGUAGAAUUGUGCUCAUGCUAUAAAAAUAUUGCAUUAAUUUACGAAGAAAUGUUACAUUUAUAUAACGCUUCGCAAGAAACCCAAAGUGCUUUAUAGAACCGAUGGAGAACCACUUUGACCACUGCUGUGUAGCACUCACUUGCAUGCUGUGAUAGCAUUUUAUCAGCAGCAGCCAUGGCACCUGCCGUUCAGACUGGGUAAUCCUCCUGAAGCUAAGCAGCUUUGGGCCCGGCCAGUACUUGGAGGGGAGUCCAACCAGGGAAGCUGGGUUCCUGCUGGAAGAGGCGUUGGUGUGGCUAACAGGUUAGAGGGCGGUCUAACUACAUGGUGACUGCGAAGAGGCCCCUCUUGUCAAACUCUCUUGCCUGUUUGCCAUGGAGACGAAGGACGCGUCCUUGUCGCGAUGUCAGCUGUCCAGAGCAGUCCGGACACGAUGUGCGGGCUUUGCGUCUUACUGAUCUACUCCAUUUCAAAGAUUAUGCAAUAGUGCAUUUGUAACGUUUUGUCAAUUUCCGAACGUUUGAAGUAAUGAAACUUAAACAUGCGUUUAACGCUUUAAUGCAGCUUGCGAGAUACGCUGUCUAAAGAGAUUAUGGUUUCAUGGAGGAAAGAAGAUCUUCGAUGUUGAAUUUGGACGUUAAUAAUUUUGACUCAAAGUACACCGAAAGCAGCAGGUAUGUCCUGACCAGUCCACGACCACUGGAAUCCUGUGCGAGGCUUGGCAUCAGACCCGUUGAACUUUUGUAUAAAUCGCUGUCCGAGUUCGUUGAAGAGCAGCGGGACGCCCCCAUGGCGUCAGUCACUGUGCUUUACGACGCGUACGAAAAGGAGCGACGGCGGCGUGUAGGUCUCUGCCGGAACGAAAGAAAGAAAGUCGUAGAGGGAGACGGCAGUAAAUCAUCCUGUAAAAAUCCGUUUCUCGAGACCCCCGAACAGACCACGAAGAGACCGAGUUCAGAGUCCAAGAUCGAGAAAGCAGGUGUUGGUGGUACCUCAGUAGUGGAUAAGAGCCAAUUAAUGAAAGAACAGGACCCCAGUAACUUAGGGACUUGGAGAGGGACUUCAUCAGCUGAUCUCAAAAACCAAUGUCUCAGUACAGAGUCUUGGGGUGCUAGUUCUCAUGAGAAACUUACAAGUAGCUUCAGCCUGGGUGAGCAAAUGGAUUCCAUGUUGGUGAGCAGGAAGCUGGACAGACUGACAUCUGACAUCAGGAAAAAGACAAGCAUCGCUGUGCCUCAGAAAGAUCUCAAAAUAGCAGCACUGAUGCUACUCAAGCACAAGGAGGAGCAGCUGUGGCAGGCGAGGAUCCAGAAGGAGGGACAGCUGCGGGAGAGGACGCAAAGGCAGGAGGCCCUGCAAAGGGCCCGGGUCGAGCAGCAGCAAUGCAAAGCACGGGAGCGCAAUGCAAGGCUCUGGCAGGUGGCCCUGGAUGCGCGACGCAUGCGGCGAAAGGAGGCCCAGCAAGCCAGGCAGCGGAAGCAAGAGGAGACACUGAACAAGGAGCGAUGGAGGCAGCUAGCUGAAGAGCAGCAGGCACAGAAGCAGCAGCGGCUUGAAGGGAACCGGCGGGAGGCGCAGAAUCGCAAGCGCUACCAGGAGCGGUUGCUGGAGGAGCAGAGGCAGCAGGAGCAGCAUGGACGGGAGCAGGAGAGUCAGCUAGCGUUGGACAGGGAGCUGAGGGCCAGCAGGAGUAAGCAGGCACGGGAGAGCAGGCAGCGAAGGCGGAUACAGCUGGAAAACCAGCAGCAGCGACUCCGGCACCUUCUCCUCAAGAGGGAGGUGGAACAGGCGACACAAGUGCAAGAGCUUCAAAGGAGGAGUGGCCUGGAGAAGAAGCUGAGGCACUUUGAGGAAAACCAUGCACAGCGCCUGCAGGCACGAGAGCAGGAGCUGCGGGGGCAGGCUGUCCGGGGGGAGGAGUUCAGCCGAAAGGCUCGCCUCCGAGCUGGCUGGCGGGAGGCUCAGCAGGAGCUGCACAGGCAGCUCUUAGCCCAGCUGGGGGAAUGGCGCAUGGAGCGUGCAGCUGAGCUGGUACGGGUGCAGCGCAGUGAGCAGACCCAGAAGACCCGGCGAACCAACGCACAGAGGGAACAUGUACAUAGAGUCCUCCGAGAGCAGUUACUCCAGGAGGAGGAGGCGCUGCAGCGCAGGCGGGAGGGAAACCUCAUCAGCAAGGAGCGGCGAUGGCAGCGGCUGCAUCGGGAGCGUGAGGCAGCAUUGGAGGCGGCCCGCCGCAUCGCCCGCGCCUCCUCCAACAUGCGGGAGCGAAUCAAGGAGGCGGCUCACAGCCGCACGUUUGACCAGAUGGCCCUGGAGGCACAGCUCACAGCCAGUUUGGGCCGAUGCAAGCUGUGAGAGUAUUAUACUGUAUUUUACUAGAGUAUUAUUACAGUAUUACUUUAUAGCACGAUUUCAUACUAUUUCAUAUGGUAGGUAAAACUUCUACACAGAUUUGUAUUUUGUAUAUAUCACAUUCAUUUAAACUAUUUUCUGAGCUAAAUGACAGCAAGAUAUUUUUCUUCCGGUAUUUAUGUUUUGUAGAGCAGGGCCAUGCACAUACUAUAGAACACAGAUUGUUGACCAGAGGGUGAGGCUUUAAGUAAAUUUUGCCAACCAGAAGUGGGUCCCCUUUGGUAAACUUGAUAGUAACAAAAAAGGGGUACUUCACGUCUGCUGUAAAGAAGAUGCUUUUCAACAUCAAUAAGGGGAAAAAGGGAGUCUCCCCUCCACUGAACUGCUGUACUGCACUGGGAUAUGAGUGAGAUGUGUGUGUCCCCUGGUGGUCAGAGUAGUUGAGAGCAGUUCUCAACUACAGUAUUUGUUUCAUUAGAUUUAUUUUGAAAUAGAGUGUUCAGUCUGGUUUGCACAUGUGCAGCUGAUAUAUCUGUUAUAUCAGAUAUUCCGGCUCUCAAACGUGUGCUGUAUGUAAAUGAGAAUUGCUGUGUAUCUGAAAAUGAUACACAUGCCAAAGACAUUUUCAUUUAUAAAAUCAGGUUGCAGGAACUGCUGUUCCAUCCAUCCAUCCAUCCAUCCAUUUAUCCAUCCUCUACCACUUUUCUGGGUCGGGUCACGGGGGCAGCAGUCUAAACAGGGAAACCCAGACUUCCCUCUCCCCAUCCACUUCGUCCAGCUCCUCCGGAGGAAUCCCGAGGCGUUUUCAGGCCAGCCGAGG